UCACGAAUAUAAUCCUGGAUAUGUGAUAUGUUGAACUAUACAUACAGACAAUGUCUUUAGAUUUGUCAGCUUUCAGGGUGAUGAUGUAGUUAGAAUUCAUUCAUUUCUUAGAUUCUUGAUGGUGGGAGGCAUCCGACAGUAGAGAUAGUUUUUCAUCUGUAAAAUUCCUUAUGUAAUUCAUCCAUAUCUUCAAUAAGGUAUUUUUCUUCUGGGAUGAUGCAUUCUGGUAAGAACUUAGGGGGAGGAGUGAAGGACAGGCCACACUUGGUGGCUGGUUGCAUAUAGUCCAGGGGAACUAUAUCAUCCCAACAGAUGAUACUUUUAAGAUGACAGGCUUCUUUGGUACAUUUCUGCAUACUGAGCAACUGGAAACUUUUUUUGGGUGCUGUUUAUGGAAGCAUGAUUCCACAGAAUCUACUAAGCCGAUGACUUGAGUGUUGAUAUGGGCAAGCAAUAGUGGGUUACAUUGGUGGUCAUUGUUUUUUAGUUCUAUGAGCAAUUUGACUAUGACAUAUCUACACCUCCUUGCUAGUCUGAUAGCUUUUCAAAGGCAAAGGAAGUGUACGUACAUAGUGGAUGAGAGAAGCACACUCAGAUGGAAGACAGAUGUUGAUGAUGGAAGGUGAGAAGAUGCCUAACAGUCAGCACUUUUUAUUUUCAGUCAAGAGAGAAAAGAUACAGAUUGAUGAAUGCACAAUUGAUGUAGAAUUAAAAUGCACAGAAAUCAUUAUUAAAAAUGGAACAGCAGAUUGUAAAUAUAAAGUAUGGAGAGGUUCUUCAUUAUCUUUAAUUUUCAAGGCAGAUAAUUAUGAAGAUAGAAGUUUUCCUGCUAUCUCAGGGCCACAUAUAUUUGCAUUUGGAAUUCCAAUUCCACAAGAAAUGACAUUAGACAUGAAACAAGAUUACACUGAAGCUUAUAUUCAUUAUGCUAAAUUUCCCAUAGGAAGGAUAAUAGGAUUAGAGCUCUUUGCUCUAACAUCUGGUGAUAUAGAUAUUCUGGUUUUGAAACCAGUUUGUUUGGAUACAAAAUAUUGUAUUUAUUAUGAAUCUUGUUAUGAUAAUUGUAAUACUUAUGAAAAUUCUGAUGAAUAUUGCAUUGUAAACUACACUCUUCAAUACAUGAUCCAAACCUCUUGUACUAAAUCAGUUCCACAUGAUGUCUCUUUUGAAAUAAAAUUCAAAAAAACAAUUAGUGUUGACAUUGGAUAUAAUAGCAUUGAUAUUGAUGAACUAAUUGAAGUGGAACCAGGAGACAUUGUUGGAUUUUCAUCAAAAACAUCAAUUAUUCCAUCAACAUCAUCCUUCAAUUCAGAUGAGUUUGUUGAUACUGAUAAAAAUGGAAAUUCUCUUGAUGUGAGACAUUAUUUUAGAGUUUUUGCAACAGAACCAGUUGAAUAUCAUAUGAAGUAUACUUUUAAUGAACUUGGAACAUAUAAUGUGACUGCAGAAACUUCAUGCUCAAACACUGGUUCAGUCAAUAUUAUUAAAAAAGAAAUACUAGUAUUUUCAGACUUUGGAUACUUUAAUGUAUCUGUACAUCCAACAUUAAUUGCAGUUGGUGACAAAUAUACUAUUAAAAUUAUUACUUCAGGAGGAAUUGAUAUUGAUUUAGUUUGGGAUUAUAAAAAUGGGACAACAGAACAAGAAUUCAUAAGCUCUAUUCCACCACUUUUUUCAAAAGAUAUUGUAUGUUUGGAAAAAGGAGAUCAUACAAUAGAAAUCAUUGCUUCCAAUGACAAUGGCAGUGUGAGUGAUAUAGUGACAUUCACAUGCAUAUACCCUGUUACUGAUGACUGGAAACUUAAAUCUGAUUCACCACAAUGUAUUCCACCUGGAAAUAUAACUUUUACUUUAACUUAUCCUGAAGGAAAAUAUUUUCCAACAGAUGGCAUAGCUAGAAUUAAUUACGGUGCAGAUAAUACUUUUAAAAACAUUAAUAUUCCAACUACAGGAACAGGGGCAUGGGAAACAAGUUUUGAAUAUACGUAUCGAUAUUUAAAUGAAUAUAAUGUAACAAUGAUAAUUGAAAAUGAAAUCAGUGACAUAUAUCUUACAUUAAAUGUCACACUUAAUCAAUGCUUUGUAAAUUUCACUGUUAAACCAAAGUUUGUACCAAAUGAGAAAUCUGAUCUUCAAGAUGCUGUAGAAUUAAUUGGCCCCUAUAGCUAUGAUGCUCCCAUUGAUAGACCAUUCUAUUUUGAAAUGCAGCCUGAAAAUGAAUAUUAUGAUUACUUCCUUGUGGAUUAUUCAAAUGGAACAUUAGUAAAAAACAGCAGUGAAAAAUUAAUAAAUUUUAAAUUUAAUGAAGUUGGUAUCUAUGAUUUUUCUUUUUAUUUGAUUUAUGGAAAUGGAAAAAAUGGCCCUGUUAAUAAAACUGUGAGAAUAUUGGAUUAUGUGAAAGGUUUACAUGCAAAUGACACUAAUAAUGGCUUUUGCGAUGUUGAACGUGGAGCAAAUGUUACCAUUUACAUUGAACAGUAUGAUGAAUAUUCUUGUCUGUUGAUUGAUGCUCAAGAUGGAUCUGUUCCUGUUGCAUUUGGUGAUGAAGAUGUUUGCAUUUAUUCAUAUAAUGAUGCAUUUAAUCAUGAAGGCAAAAUACCAUCAUCUAAUAUGAUGUAUUAUCACCAAUUUGAAGAAGAAGGAGAUUUUGAUAUAAAGGUAGAAAUAUUUAAUAGUAUUUCAAAAGAAAUAAAAGAAGUGGGAAUAGGCUGUGAAAUGGCAAAAGAAUUGGAGAGUAUAGUAAAAAUUGUAUCUGCAAAAAGAACUUGCAAAAAACCAGCAAUGUGGUUAAGGAGUCAAGCAAUAAAUUUACAUAGUGUUACUAUAUUCAAUUUAACUGAAAGAUAUAGAUAUUUUCGUGAAUGGAAGAUAUUUGAAGCUGAUGCAAAUGGACAUACCUUAAGAGAAUUAGAUACUAGUUUAUUACGAAAAAGAGAAAGUGAAUGUCUUUAUAUUCCUCCAAGAUAUUUUGAAAUCGGACUUUAUAAAGUUACAGUAUUUAUAACUAUUAAAAAAUUAGAGAAUAAUGGUGAUUUUUUAUACAUGGGAAAUGGUUCUGAUCAUACAUGCUUGAAGAUAAAUUACACACCAUUUGGAGUGAGAAUUUUGGAAGAUGGAACAUCAUAUAUCAAACGAGGAGUUGGACAAUUGAUUUAUAUGAAUCCUCUUAACUUCUCUGUAGAUCCUGAUAAUCCAGACAAUAUGUUAACAUAUUUAUUUUUAUUAGGUUCAAUAAUCUUGGAUCAAGAAUUAUAUUUUGAUACAAAAUGGCUCUGGGGUCCAAACAUUACUUACAAAAUUUCUGCAGUUCUGCAAAAUGAAAACAAAACUGCAAGAGGACAUUUACAGAUAGAAUUAAUUGAGGAAAUUUCACCUCCAAUAACAUUAAGAUGCAGGAAUGAGAUUGAGUGCAAUCCUUUACCAGACAGUUUUAUUUUAAAUCCUCCAAGAUCUGUGGAAUUUCAAGCUCGUUGUGAAGGGACUUGUCGUGAUGCCACUAAAAUUUUAUAUGAAUGGGAAAUUAUAAUGAGAAAUUAUGAAACAGGAGAAACUAUAAUACUAACAAAUUAUUCUGAUAUUGUAUAUGUUUAUCAUCAACGUCUUGCUGUUACUGAAUUAUUUUAUGAACUAUAUCCAAAAUACCUAUUUAUAAAUGUAACUGUGAAAGCUUAUAUACAAGAAUAUGAAGUAAUAGGAUUUGCAAAAUUGAUACUCAGAAUUAACAGACCACCAACAGCAGGCAAUUGUAAAUUGAAACCCGAAACAGGAUAUGCUCUUAUUGAAAAUUACAUAAUUACUUGUUCUGAUUGGUCAGAUCCAGAUGAAUUACCUUUAAAAGGUUAUUAUGUAUAUUCACAGAAAAAUAACGACUUUCGUUAUUUAUUAUGGAGUGGAGUUUCUACAAAUACUGUGCUUGUUCUUCCUUAUGGUUUACUUGAUAUAUAUGUUAGUGCAGUGGAUCAUUAUGGAGCAGAAACAACAAUUUUUGUUCACUCAAUAAAGACACUUCUCCCAUCAAAAGAUGAAUUUAAACAAUGGAAUGAAACUCGUUCUCUUGAAUUAGCCUUCAAUAACUCAGAUAUUAAUCGUGUAACUCAAAUAAUUUUAGCAUAUGUAUCAGUUUUUAUGGAAUAUAAUGAAAAUGUAAACUUGAACAAACCUCCUUUUGAAGACAAAGAAAGUAAAUUAAGAAGAGAGAUUAGAAUUAACCAGACAUGGGAUAAAUAUAAAAACUUAACGGGAAUAGAUUCAAGUUAUACUACAAUUCAAGCAAGAAAUGAAAUUGCAGAAAUGAUAGAAGAUGCAAACAACAAUUUUCUUGAAUUAGCUAUAAAGAAAAAUAAUGAAGUAAUGAAAUCAUUGUUAUCAUUACCUAUAGUAACAGUAGAAGAUUCAAUGGUAAUUUCUGGUGCAUUUAGUAUGCUAUCAAUGGAUGCACCCAUGAAUAAAGAGGGAUUGGUAUAGAAUUUUAAACAUUAAAAAUAUUAUUUUUUUAUGAUUUU